UUAUCUACCAUUGUGCUUUUGUGUUCAUAUUAAGUAGCAAUAAUGAACAACUUAAGAUGAAGUCCACAAUCCUGUAAUCAGUUGAACUCAUUGGGGCUACUCAGGUACAUAAGUUAUACAUCUGCAUAAGUGAUUGCAGAAUUAGGGUUUUAGGCCAUGUCUAUACUAGUGAGCUUACAGCGGCACAGCUGUACCGAUGCAACCGCACUGCUGUAAGAUCAUUUGUAUAGCUAUGUAAGUGGGAGAAGCUCUUCUGCUGACCUAGCAUUGUGGACGCUACCACUUAUGCCGGCGAAACUUGUUUCACACUCCUGAGUGACAUAAGUGGUAGUGAAGACGUGGCCUUAGUUGAAUCUACCUCAUGUUAAUACGCUCACUUUAAAACACUCCUGAAGACAGUAUAUUGGUUUUAAUGGUGUUAGUUUAUGGCUGUCUAAAGCAGUUAUUGAGGUUUCAAAUGACAAAAUCAAGCUGCUUUUCCAUAAUAAAAAAAAAAAAAAAUCAACAGUUCUGCUGUUGUAACAACUGAUUCAAAGCAAAAUCUUUUCUUCCUACCCCACCCUUGUUUGGGGCAUAGGGGACUGAUAAGAGGUAUAAGUAGAUCCCUGGGCCUGCAGAGAAGUCAAUGUAGCAUUAAUGCUGUAGACUUUGCAAUUAGAAGGAAAAAAGGAAUUUAGAGAGAACUCAAAACAGACCUGUCAUAAACGUGUGUCCCUUUCAACUCCUAGAGUUCAGUCAUUGCAAUGCAGUAGCUAAAUGAUCUGAGUCUAGUGUUUGUAGUAUUACUCUCUAUUGUUGGUAUCUGUUAGAACACACACAGAUUAUUGAAAAUUUGGAAAAAAUUAGAGAGUAAAGGAUGCUAUGAAUUUAUUCCAUAAUUGGUAAUGCUGUUUGUGCCCAUUAUCUAACAGGCAAUUUAACCUUCAUCAGAGAGAGAGAGAGAGAAAUGCUGAAUUUUGGAAAUGAGGGAGUAUCCUAUUUAAAGUUUUCAUAUAAUAGCAUGACUGUGAUGUGUAGCUCUGAAGUUUGGAGCUAAGACUGGUUGAUAUAUAGUUAUGCUAUGGAAUUGAAAUAAGAAAAUCUUUAUUAUAUAUUGUCUGGCAUACUUGGAGUCCAGAACAGCUUCUUGGCUAAUCUUCUAUUUUAAAUUAUGUGUAACUGUUAGUCCUAUUUCAGGGAGUAUUUCUUUCAUCGUCAGUAAUUAUAAUCUGCAGUAUAUUAUUCAGUUUCCUUCAUGGGAGUAGAAGGAAGAUAUUGUUUCGGAUUUGUAUUUAAAAUUACUAUUUUCUUUGUUCUGUUUGCCCCCCAUCUCCCCUCUUUUUUUCCGGACUGAUAAUUUGAGAGGAUAUAACAGGUCUUAACAUCAAGCUGGAGGUCCUGUUUUCUUCUGAUCUGUGCAUCACGUGCAAGAAAAGAUUCUUGUAAAUAAGAUGUAUUACGCUUUAGAGUUGAGGAUCCUAAUCAAGAGACUGUUUCUUUUAUUAAGAAUAACUGGAUUCCUACAGUACCAGCAUGGAAGUAGUUUUGCACUAUCGACCAUUUCAGAAUGACCUUACAAAAUUGCAGAAACUUGUGGAAGAAACACUGAAGGAGUUUCCUAUUCGGCAACUACCAAGAUUUGUUCCUUGGUUUCCAAAUGAUUCACACAAACUUCCCCUCAAGCCGAAAAGACAACCACCUAUUAUUUCUGGUGAGAAAGCAGAAGAAGUGAAACAACUUGUUGCCGCUUCAGAACCUCUUAUUGGGCAACAUUAUGACUGCACAGUAGACCUUCUGGAGUUUCAGUCUAAUUUGAAAACUGGUCAAAGUUUAAUUCAAACACAAACAGUGCACGCACAAAUUCAUUCAAGCAAUCUGGAAGUACAACCAGCAAAUGAAAAACCAAAAUUGAGAAGGUCUUGGAGUAUCUCUGUCCCUAGUCCUAAACUUAAAGAAAAAAUUCUUCCUUUAUCUAGAGAACUGCAGAGUAAUUUAGAAAGACUGAAGCUACAUGCAUUUUAUAGAGCAAAGUGGACAAUUGAACAAUCUAUUUGUAAUAAUCAAACUCUAGAGGACAUUUGGAUUAAACUGAACACAAUGAUCAAACACAAUGAAUUGCCGUCUUGCAAUGCUACAAUCCAGAGAUGUGUGGACCAGAUAUGGGUUUUCUGUGACAUAUUAUACAGUGAAUAUGUUGGCAAUCUUCUUAGAGAAAGAUUAAAUCUUACUGGGAGAAUGAACUUGCUUGUACAUAAAUACGGAAUUAUAUUUAGUUUGUAACUUUAAAACCAAAGGAAAGAUUAAUAUUACUGUCUGGAAAAUUAAGUUUUUUUAAAAAAAAUAGAUUGCAAAUAUGCAGUAUAUGCAGAAGGACUUGAAAACAACUGAUGAAUUCAAUAUCAGAAAACUAUAUUAACAUUAGUUUGAUUAUCAGCAGGGUAGCCAUGUUAGUAUGUAUCCACAAAAAUAAUGAGGAGCCCCGGUGGCACCUUAAAGACUAACAGAUUUAUUUGGGCAUAAGCUUUCGUGUUUAAAAAAAAACCCACUUCUUCAGAUGUAUGAAGUUUGUAUGUAUUAGUUUGAUUAAAUUGUUUGUUUACAUAUAAUUCAUGGUCAAACAAAAUUAUAUCCAUGUAUUUUGUAGUUAUUAUGAACAUUAGAAUAGCCUUUGUGGUUUUUUCCCCCCUCCAUGCAUAGAAUCAGAGUCCACUGUCCAGUGACUCUUGCAGAUGAGCUGUUUUAGGAAAAUGAAAUCUGUACUUCUGUCAGGUAGAGGACUUCCUUCCUGUACUGAUUGAGUUGAAAUUAGGAGGAGAGAAAAAGUACAAUGUAUUUUUUUUAAGUGAAUCAUCAUUGUCACCAUGAUGGAUUUUGGUUUUGUCCUAGCAAGAAGCUGAUUAUCUCCAGGAAAAACUCUCAUUAGGAUGAAUAGUUUACAUUUAAAAUGUAAACUGACUUCCAUUCCACACAAAUCUUGCCACCUCGUGCUUAUUAUGAAUUAUUUGCUCUGAAAUACCAAAUAAUAAAGAUUAGAGAAAAAGUUUAUAUUGUAGUAAUAAAUUCUUUCACCUCCGUUA